CCGGGGGCACGAUAAAUUAGAGACUCUAAUGAGCAGAAGAAAGGAGUGAAAUGUGUUGAGCAGGCAAAUUAAUUAGUUAAGAAGAAUAUGGAAAGAGAGCGAAGAAUCUGUAGGCAGGAUGUGUUUGUAGCUGUACUAGUGGCGUGCUUGGGUGUGAAUAUAUGGUUGGUGAGUAAAGUUUUUAUGGAUUGUAAUAUGAUGAGGAUGAGUUGGAGCGGAAGAUCAGCAAUGGAAGCCGAGGCUGUGGGAGCCAUAACAUGUUCAGGCCAUGGAAGGGCAUACAUUGACGGCGAUGAUAGUGAUGGGAAAUCAGAACCUGUUUGCGAGUGUAACUUAUGCUUUCAAGGCACUGAUUGUUCCGUUCUUAUUCCCAAUUGUAAAGCUAACGCUGAUGGUGGGGAUCCAUUAUUCUUAGAGCCAUUCUGGGUGAAGCAUGCGGCAAGCAGUGCAAUGGUAGUGGCAGGAUGGCACAGAAUGAGUUAUACAUACAAUGACGAGAGUUUCAUGUCAAAAGAGCUUGAAAAGUUGAUACGCAAGCUUCAUGCAUACGUGGGGAAUGCCAUCACAGAAAACAGGUACAUACUGUUUGGUGCAGGCUCAAGCCAACUGCUGGCUGCUGCUGUUCAUGCCUUAUCCCCCACCAAUUCCUCCGCCCCACCUGCUGCUGUUCUUGCUUCUGUUCCUUAUUACGAGCUGUAUAGAACACAAGCAGAAUUGUUUAAGUCAACGGUGUUCAAGUUUGAAGGAGAUGCAAGGUUGUGGACGAAUGAUUCAUAUGCCGACAGACAAGUGAUUGAAUUUGUGACUUCCCCAAACAAUCCAGAUGGGCUGCCAAAUAAGGCAAUUGUGAAUGGGCCAAAUGCAAAAUCAAUUCAUGAUUACGCUUAUUACUGGCCGCAUUUUACGCCAAUUCCAGCUCCAGCUGACGAACAUCUUAUGAUUUUUACAAUCUCUAAGCUCACCGGCCAUGGUGGAACUCGAUUUGGAUGGGCAGUGAUAAAGGAGAAGUCAGUAUAUGAAAGAAUGACAACAUUUAUAGAAUUAAACAGCAUGGGGCUUUCAACAGAUACUCAACUCAGAGUUCUCAAACUUCUUAAAAUAAUAGUAGGAGCAAGAAAAGAAAGAGACAUAUUCGAUUUCGGCUACAACACCAUGAAGAGUAGGUGGGAGAAGCUCAAAGCCACGUUCUCAACUUCCAGCCGUUUUACCCUUCAGACAAUUCCUCCUCAGUACUGCACUUUUUUACGCAGAGUUAGAGAAUCUUCACCUGCUUAUGCAUGGGUGAGGUGCAAGAGGGAAGAAGAUAAAGAUUGCAGUGCAGUCCUCGAUGCAGCAAAUAUAAUUGGUCGUCGAGGAAGCAUGUUUGGUGCUGAAAAUCGAUAUGUACGUCUCAGCCUUAUAAGAAACCAAGAUGAUUUUGAUCUACUCAUACACCGAUUAAACAAACUUGUUAUGGAGGAAGAUGGCAAUAAAACUGUAUGAAGAAUGGAAUCAUCAUCUUCUCAAUCUAUGUUCUGUGUUCAACAGAUGGUCCAACAAAUCUCAAGAAUAGUAUCUGAUUGGGUUCUUUUAUAUGUUGUUAUCACUUCUCUCUUUCUUUCUUCUCUUUCUCUUUGCAUCUCCUACGUCAUCGAUUCUGAAUUUCUCCAAUUCUUAAGAAUAGUAUCUGAUUUUUUUCUAACAGUGCAUUAGGUUAUAGGUUGAACAUCUCAUUGCUUCUUCUUUCUUUUUGCUUCCACGGGGUUCGUGUUUCUUUGUCUAGCUUUCAGGUGAAAGGUGAUGGGAUUUUAAAUUCUGUGUUACAUAUCCUAAACUCCAUAAAUUAUCAGGCUGCGAGAAUCUUAUCUGACUCUAUGGAAAGCUUCAAACCCUAUUUUUAUAUAACAAAUUGUCUGAUACCUUAUAGCAAUUGUUGUUUUGGAGACUUGGAUCAAGUCUUGUGAUUAUCAACCC